UAGAUAUAUCCAAGCGCACACUUGGUACUCUUAUCAUUGUAAACAAUAUUGGAGACUAUUGCAAGGAGCCACGGAACUUAUUACAGGUGCUGGCUGAGAAUGAAGAGGAAAAGGAAAUUAUCUCUUGAUGAAUUUGACACCUUGAAAACAUUGAAGGAUAUCACAAACCAUUUACCAAAAGAAAAAGAAGUGGAGGAUGCAAGAAAUUUCAAGGCCCCAGCAACAGCCAGAUGGAGAGACACAACAAAGUCUAACCGAAAUCAUCGUAAAGUUAAAGGCAAGAGGUAUGUAGAUAAGACCAGUAGAACAACGGUAGUAGAUGACUUGAGGAUGAACUGUUGCCCACUCCAUUGUAUGGAACAUUUGUCCUUUGAUCUGGUGUAUGACCUACGGACAUCAUUUUGGAACGAAGUUGUGACGGCCCAGAACUUGAAGAUUCAAGAGCAUCGACGUCAAGUUUCCAAGGAGAAAUGUGUAUUAAGUGGUCAUCUAGUGUGCACAGAAUGCUGGCGAAUUGUUCAUGGAGUGUCUAGGUCAAGGCAAGUAAUGCAUAUUUUGUUUCAAUAUUUUCAUUUUUGA